AUGAGAGGAGAGGGCCCAGAGUUUGAACAGUGUGAGAAUGAUGGGAGUGAGGUACAGCUCUGGCCAGCCUCUUCCUCCUCCUCUCAUGUUUCAUGUCGUUCUGGUGAAGCAACCCUUUUAGUUGCCAUUGUGUGUUUGUUUCUGUUGGCAAUGAGCCAAAGAAGCAAGAGUUGUGGAGGCAUGAAGCUGCUGAGGGUGUUUGUGUUUGUGGGGUUGGUGAUUGUGAAAUGGGUGGAAGGCUUGGAGGAUACUAAUGUGACAGACAUUGAUAUGCAAUAUGUCAGUGGAAGAGGUUUCUACAGACCUUUGAUGGUUGGGCUUACUCUUAUUAAUGGCGCUGCUGCUAAAGGAGCUGUCUGCCUGGAUGGAUCUUUACCAGGUUACCACUUCCAUCGGGGAUAUGGUUCAGGAUCAAACAGUUGGCUUAUACAAUUGGAGGGAGGAGGCUGGUGUGGAACUAUAAAAAAUUGUCUUUACAGUAAGAAAACACGUCAUGGUUCCUCAUUCUUUAUGGAAAAACAAAUACCAUUUAUUGGGAUAUUGAGCAACAAAGCUGAGGACAAUCCAGAUUUUUUUAAUUGGAAUAGAAUCAAAAUCCGUUAUUGUGAUGGUGCAUCAUUUAGUGGUGACAGUCAAAAUGCGGGAGCAGGAUUGUAUUUCAGAGGGCAACGCAUUUGGCAAGCUGCUAUGGAAGAUCUAAUGUCAAAAGGGAUGCGCUAUGCCAAACAGGCCCUUCUAUCUGGAUGUUCUGCAGGAGGCUUAGCUACCAUUAUACACUGUGAUGAAUUUCGGGAAUUGUUUCCUAGAACCACAAGAGUAAAAUGCUUGAGUGAUGCUGGAUUAUUCCUUGAUUCUGUUGAUGUAUCUGGCCGUCGCAGCUUAAGGAAUUUGUUUGGAAGUGUGGUCACCUUACAGGGAGUGCAAAAGAGCCUUCCAAGAAGUUGUAUCAGUCGCCUCAAUCCAAUUUUGUGCUAUUUUCCUCAACACUUAAUUGCCAGUGUUAGGACACCACUGUUUCUUCUCAAUGCAGCUUAUGAUACUUGGCAGAUUCAAGCCAGUCUUGCUCCACCAUCUGCUGACUACCGAUGGAACUGGUAUGAAUGCAGAAAAAAUUAUGCACGUUGCAGUGCACCGCAGAUACAGUAUCUUCAAGGUUUUCGAAAUCAGAUGCUUAGAUCUACAAGAGCCUUCUCACGGUCUUAUAAAAAUGGAUUAUUCAUAAAUUCAUGUUUCGCUCAUUGUCAAUCAGAAAGACAGGAUACAUGGUUUUCUCGUGAUUCUCCUCGUAUUGGAAAUAGGGGAAUCGCAGAGUCUGUUGGGAACUGGUUUUUUGACCGAGUUAGUGUCCAGGCUAUUGGUUGUCCUUACCCUUGUGACAAAACCUGCCAUAAUUUGGUAUUCAAGUGA